UUAAUGACGACAAUAAGCAUUAUUUAUUAUUCUCAACUAUCGAUUCCAGAAUAUAUAUCCAAAAAAACACACAUUUUCUUUCAUUUCUCACUAUAAUUUGCAUUUUUCAUAUAAUAUAAAAUUGAAAAUUAUUCUCAAAACUUUGGUUGUUUUGGUUGUUGUCUGACGAUAUGAAUAUCGAUAUACAAAACAUUAUUAUUAUUUUGUUGUCAUUUCGAUUCAUUGGGUUUUUGUCCAUCUAAUACUUCAAUAAGAGAUUUUUUUGGUGAUCAAAAUUGACUAUAGUUUCAAAGGAAAAAAUGCUGCGAAAUCAAAUACGAUCAAUCAUAUUUUCCAUUAUGAAUUAUGAAAAAAAUUAUCAAAAAAAUAAUGUUUUUUUACUGUUAAAUAAUUAUUGUAAUUAUAUUCGAUUGAUUAAUAUUGAUAAAAAUAUCGAUAUAAUUCGAAGAAUUUAUUUAAAAAUGUUCAUAUUGAUUUUAUGGUCCAGUCGUUUUCUUUAUCUUUAUUUUAUCGGUAUUGAUCGUUCAUUUGAAUGGCGUGUUGUAAAUUUUGAUUGGAUUAAUAUGGCUAAAAUUGAUAAUAUGUUAAAUCUUUAUUUAGCAUCAUUUGGUCUUUUACUUGCAUAUUAUACAUAUAUAAUUUAUUUUCAUAAUAAUACUCGUGCAACACAAUUAAUUUUUCGUAUUUUAAUCAAUGGUGAUUUGGGAUUUUUUAUACGUAAAAAAUCAUCAUCAUCAUCAUCAUCAAUCAAUGAACAAAUUGUAAAUGUUGAUCAACGACAAAAAUUUGUUCGACAAAUUCGUUUAUGGCUUAAUGUUUAUUAUCAAAUAUUUCAUUCAUUAUAUUUGGUAACAUAUAUGUUAGCAAUAAUUGCUGAAAUUCAAGUUAUGAAUUUUUUCAUGAAAAAUGGAUAUUUUUCAACUUGUUCGGGUAUUAUCGGCAUCAUAACACAAUCUGUUCAUUUAAUCUUUGUUGUUAUUGGCAGCAUAAUAUCAUUGGAUAUUUUAUUCCUAUUUGGUUCUUGUUUUCUUUCAAUUACAAUGAUUUCAUUCACAAAAUUUGAACAAAUUAAAAAGAAAUGUUUAAAACAAAAUCAAAAAUCCAAAAUAAUGACUAAAAAAAUUAUAAAUGAAAUACGUAAUCGAACAAUACAGAUUUUAUUUUAUUUUAUGCCAAAUUUAUGA